AUGCCUGGAAGUCCUUGGGCCGAACACUGUCCACGUGAUGCAGAUUGGUGCCACAGCGAGCACAACUGGUGCCAGCUGCCGUGGUGUUUCGUUGGCGAAGGAUGUCGAAGCAGAGUGGUCAGCACAGUGUUCAGUGGUUCAGCAGCGGCCUACCGCAGUUACGACACGUGCUUGUCCACUCCAGAUUGUUCUGACCUGCCUUACGAUAAUGCCUGUCCUUUCGAUUGGACGUAUUCCAGCUGGAGCACUGCUGCACAAUGCGCCUACAACUGGUCGGAUGUUUGCGACUGCAUAUACCAGGGUGCCAAACUGCCUGCAGAUCUCAUCCGACACUUCCCUUUGGAAUUUCCAGGUAAGUUCAAGGACUACCGCAACAUCGCAGUCUACGGUACGACCUGCGCUGCGUGGGAUCAGGUGCCACACACGCCGCUUUCUGCACACUGUAAGCCGGGAUCGAACUGGACCGACUUGGAAUACAACUGGUGUCAACUUCCUUGGUGCUACGUGGAUUCAGCGUGUCCAACAAGACUGAGGACGCAGCUCUUCCAUGGGUCAAAUACAUCAUACUUCAGCUACGAUGCAUGCGGGAAUGCGCCGGACUGCUACCACGACUUCGCAAACCCUCGUUGCCCGUAUGAUCCGUAUGGGACGAAGUCAUACAAAAUUCACAAAGGCAGUGGAUGCGAAUGCGUCUAUCAAGGGGAUUUGCUCCCGAGCUACAUCUACGAGAACUUUCCGCUUCACCAGCGUGGACUCUAUGCUAACCUGACAGGAAUUGGAAUUUACGGUACAACCUGUGCAGCAUGGGAUCAAAUGCCGGAAACUCCCCUGGCAGAGCACUGUCCUCGCGAUGCCGACUGGUGUCACUCAGAUUUCAACUGGUGCCAGCUGCCUUGGUGCUAUGUAUCCCGGGAGUGCUCCAGCAAGCUAAGAACACGAAUCCCGGCUGCAAAUCAUCAUUCGUGA